GUGAGGGGAAAAGGGCAUGGGUAUGUUGAAGUUCCCUGCCAGAGAGAGCGAGGUUUGUGUGAGAGGCACAACCAGGAAGCAAGGCCUGGCUAAAGGGGCAAAGCCUAAAAUGUCCAAUUUCCUUUCCUGGCAUGAAGCCGGUUCUUUGCUGGAAGUGGAUGAGGGGAAGGGACGAGGGAGAAGAGAAGCUGGCACCCUAUUAGCAGAAGAGUGCCCCUUCUCCACUCCCUCCUAUUUCCUGUCCCCUUUCCUCCACUGCUGAGGUAGCCCUUGCUCCCCUUCAAGGGCUCAUCCCCCUAGGAAAGCGUAGAUUGGGGUAUUGAGAAACUGCCUCCCACACCUGUCUGCCCUCCACCCCUAUCUGUCCCCCUAGAGGGGGCCCUGGGGGAACCUCUCGGGCAGUGUGGGGAACAGUGCAGUACAUCAGGAGUUGUUAUUUGCUCCAGAGAUGGCAGGAUGUAGAAAUGGGGGUCCCACUGAGGUGUUGGGGUGCCACCUAGGUGAGGUGUCUUGGUUGUAAACAGUCAUUACAGCCAGGAAUUUCUUUCUCGGCUGUGGUGUCAGAAGGGCAGACCUGAAAAACCUGCUGGGCCCGGCCGCCUCUGGGUGUGUGUGGGGGCCCUUUGCAGCUCUCUCACUGCAGCCCAUCCUCAGAUAGGACAGGGACACAGGGUCACCAGUGGGGAGCCCCCGGGGCUGGUUGGGAGUGUGUUGGGGAGGGAACUGCUGGGAUCCCCUCUUUCUCACCAUCCUUGGGUGGGAACCAGGCUGCCCCAGGCCCCCAGGCCAGCAUGGAGAGGGUAGGCGAGUGGAGGCAGAGGCUUGGGAGCGGGUGUGAGAGUGUGGGGGUGUGGGGCGUUGACCUGUGUCUAACCUGCCUGAUGACCCCAUGACUCAGGCCCUAGCUAUGUCCCUGAAGUCAGGCUGACAGGGUGUGGAGUCGGGGUUCCUGUCUGGACCCCGUGUGGACUUCCAGGAUGCCACAAGCUCUACAAGCUCCCAGGGAAGGAAGGCUGAGGGAGAUGGAAGGAAGAUGAAGCAGCCCAGUGUGGGAUGGAGGAGUGAUCCUGGUGAAUGGGCCCAUUGGGGAGGAGUUGAGGCUCCUGUUGGGGUUAAGGAAGGUUUAGGGGAGCCCUCCUCAAACCCAAAUGGGAGCUGGGGAAGAAGGAACCCCUGGAGCCAAGGAGCAGAGGAAUCUAAGCUGGGACCUCAAGGAAAGCCUACCAUGCCAGGCAAUGUCAGACCUUGGAAGGUAGCUGCUGCCUGGAGGUGCAAAAUAGCUUUAGGGACUGACCCCACCCUGAUUUUGAGGAUUAGGAACCCCUGCUUUGUUGGAGGGGCAUAGACCCCAAGAGGUGGGUGAGAGGCCUGCUGAGAAACUGCUGGCACCCUAUUAGCACCUUGGCCAUGUACUCCAAGAUACACAUAGGGAAGGGGCUUGAACCCACCCCACCAAGGCUGCCUGGGUCCUCACACCUGGCCACCACGUAACGACAAGCUGGGGAUUGCGGAGGCAGGUAGAGAUGGAACCUCGGUAGCUUCAGGAGGUCCCCCCAGUCGCCUGCUGCCGAGGUCAGACCAGGUGGUGGGAGGUGAUGUCACCUAGCUGCCCAGCUGGGGACUGAGCAGGCUGUGGGAGGGAGGGAGCAAACUCCAAAGGAAGGGAUGAGGACAGGGCUGGCAACCAGCCAAGGCUAGCUGCAUGGUCAGCCAGGGUGUCUGGGGCAGAGAAGGAGGCAGUCGCUUGUUAUCUGCAGUUGUGGACUUUGCCACUCCCAGUCCUGGCAGGGUGACUUCCCUAUGCCUGUGUGGGACAGGCUGGCAUGCUGGGUGGGGCUGGAUGGGUCCUGAGGCCAAGUGCACACUUUUGCUGCUGCACCAGGGCCACAGGAUGGAGUUGGGACAAGGAGCAACUCACAGACCUUGCAGUCUAUUCUUUUAUUCACCCAGCAGACACUCCCUGAGUACUUGCUGUGUGCCCGGAAGUAUUCUGAAUGCCAGAGAUACUGAUAACAUUUUCUGUUCUCAUAAAGGCAAGACUCCUGACGGUGGCCCAUGGGCCUCUGACGAGGUGUUGUAAGUCCGCCCAGCUCCCCACUUGCUGUGCUCCCACUCAAUGGGAAGGGAACUAAGGCCUUGUGCAGCCAUCAGUCACGGCAUCCUGACAGCUUCAGGAUGGAAGUCAAAGGUCAGCUGAUCAGCUCUCCCACCUUCAACGCCUCAGCUGCCCUGUUUGGAGAGGCUGCACCCCAGAUGAAGUCAGAGCGUCUACGGAGUCUGCUCGACCGGCAGCGGGCCCUGCAGGAGGCCCUGAGCCUGAAACUUCAGGAGCUUCGGAAAGUGUGUCUCCAGGAGGCGGAGCUGACUGGCCAGUUGCCUCCCGAGUGCCCACUGGAGCCUGGUGAACGACCCCAGUUGGUCCGCCGGCGCCCCCCUGCAGCCCGCGCCUACCCUCCACCGCACCCUAACCCAGCACACCACUCCCUGUGCCCCACUGAGGAGCUGGCGCUUGAGGCCCUGGAGCGAGAGGUGUCUGUGCAGCAGCAGAUCGCCGCAGCUGCCCGCCGCCUGGCCUUGGCCCCCGAGCUCAGUGCCGAGCAGCGCCGGCGCCGGCGCCAAGUCCAGGCAGAUGCCCUUCGGAGGUUGCACGAGCUGGAGGAGCAGCUUGGGGAGGUCCGGGCCCGCCUUGGCCUCUCGGGGCUCCCGCCAUCCCAGCCCCUGCCCCUGUCCACCGGAGGAGCCGUUAUCACCGCCCAGGGAGUCUGCCUGGGCACGCGUCUCGCUCAGCUCAGCCAUGAGGAUGUAGUUCUGCACUCGGAGAGCAGCUCCCUCUCAGAGUCUGGGGCCAGCCAUGAUAAUGAGGAGCCCCGUGGCUGCUUCCCUCUGGCUGAGCGCCCCUCACCGCCCAAGGCCUGGGACCAGCUGCGGGCAGUCUCUGGGGGCAGCCCUGAGCGGCGAACCCCAUGGAAACCACCCCCAUCGGAUCUUUAUGGGGAUCUGAAGGGCCGGCGAAACUCUGUGGCCAGCCCCACCAGCCCUACACGCUCACUGCCUAGGAGUGCCUCCAGUUUUGAGGGGCGAAGUGUGCCUGCUACUCCUGUCCUCACCCGGGGCGCUGGCCCCCAGCUCUGCAAACCCGAAGGCCUCCAUUCUCGCCAGUGGUCCAGCAGCCAGGACUCCCAGAUGGGCUUCCCACGGGUGGACCCUGUCUCCGACCGCACCUCCCUCUUCGCAGCUCGCACCCGCCGCAGCAAUAGCUCCGAGGCCCUGCUGGUGGACAGGGCAGCGGGUGGGGGAGCUGGGUCCCCGCCCGCACCUAUGGUUACCCCUGCCACCGGUCCUCCAGUCUGCAAGAGCAGUGAGGUGCUAUAUGAGCGCCCCCAGCCAACCCCCGCCUUCUCCUCCCGCACGGCUGGCCUCCCAGACCCUCCCCGGGCUGCCCGGCCCAGCUCAGCCGCGCCGGCCUCCCGCGGGGCCCCCCGGCUCCCACCCGUGUGUGGGGACUUCCUCUUGGACUAUUCCCUGGACCGGGGCCUGCCCCGUGGGGGUGGCGGGACAGGCUGGGGGGAGCUGCUGCCCGCAGCUGAGGUUCCAGGACCCCUCUCCCGCCGGGAUGGGCUCGUCGCCAUGCUCCCAGGCCCACCGCCUGUGUAUGCAGCUGACGGCAGCAGCCCCCUCCUCCGCAGCAAGGACCCCCAUAGCCGUGCCCCCCGCACCAAGCCCUGUGGUCUGCCCCUGGAGGCCGCCGAGGGCCUGGAGGCACAUCCCAACCCUGUGCUGUGGAUGCCCCCACCCGCCCGUAUACCCCCGGCCGGUGAGCGCAGCGGCCACAAGAACCUUGCCCUGGAGGGGCUGCGGGACUGGUACAUCCGGAACUCGGGACUGGCCUCGGGGCCCCAGCGCCGGCCUGGGCUCCCCCACAUGGGCCCGCAGCACCCGCCCUUCCUCCAUGCCCGCUGCUAUGAGGUGGGCCAGGCACUGUACGGGGCCCCCAGCCAGGCGCCGCUCCCGCACUCGAGGAGUUUCACGGCGCCCCCUGUCUCCGGCAGGUAUGGGGGGUGUUUUUACUGAUGGGAAGGGGUCUCUUGAGGCAGAUGGCAAAGGUGUCCAGGCCAGGGAGCAGCUAGUCAUGGUAGCUAAUGACACGGACCACGAAAGAAGUAGCUGCAGCCUUGGCCUGUGGUCCCUGGGCCUGCCUGACCCGCAUUAAUCCGUGGGGACUCGGCGGAGGGGUCUCUUGGGCCCCGGUAGCAGCAGUUCUUCACCGAACUAUUCGAGAGUUGUAAUAGUUGAACAGCCAGUGCAUGUCAGCUAAAAAUGAGCCUUGAAACUAGGGUGCUGGGAGGAAGGGCUGUCCUGUGCCCCUUGCCUUUCUCUUCCUCUUUUCACCGCGCCCCGCACCUGCGAGCCUAAAGGUACUCUCCUGUGCCUGUUUCCACCUCUUUAACAAGCCUCUUUUCCUCUUUCUGUGUCUUGUCCGUGUUUUCCUCUGUCCGGUCUUCCCACCCUGUCUUCUGGAUUCCUGCUACCCCUUCUAAAGAUACUACGCGGACUUCCUGUACCCCCCGGAGCUGAGCGCUCGUUUAAGUGACCUGACGCUAGAGGGGGAGCAGUCUUCCGGUUCUGACCCCCAGACCCCGGGAACACUGGUCUGACCCCUUCUGACAUGCCCCUUAUUGGCCUGGACAAGACUCCAGUUUGGGGAGCGCACAGCUGACCUCGCUGAGCCCUGGGAUAGGGUUGCUGUCACUCCUGGUGGUGGGCACCAACCUGAUCAUCCAAGGCCCCUAGCUCCCUGUGGGCCCAUAAAGGUGUCUGACACCCUGCAUCUCCUUUCAUGCUGUGCUGGAGACUGGGGGCCCUCCGCCAGCUUAAAAGAGAGGAGGUGAUGUAAUGGAGACUCCAAGCCCCUUCCUCCAUUUCUGUUUACAGUUGUGAUUUAGGUAUUCACUGUCCUCCCCCAACACUAGACAUUUUAUAAAAAGGGAAACUGUGAUCUCAUCCUGGUUGGGUUCAUUCCUGUCCCUGUGCCCAGCCUGCUCCAUUCAGGAACCCCCUCCACAAAAUGGACCAGAUAGGGUCUUGGGGCCCAAUUUAGGGCGGUCAGGAGACUGAUGUGAACAGAACUCCCUGCCACCCAUCCACUGGGACAAUUUUUUCUUGGCAGAGGUGCCCACAUUUGGAAAGAAUGAAGUCUCUGCCCACAUGUGGAAGGACUGAAGUCUGGGUGGGAGGCUUGGGUUCAUUUUCCCUUACCCAGGGGUGCCUGAAGGUGCCCCAGAUCCUGUCUGUCUGUGCCCGCUGCCUCUGCCCACAGAAUCAGAUGGCUCAGCCUUUGGUGGCAGCCUCUGCCCUCUUCCCAAUCAGGAAGCCCCACAGGAGGACCAAAGGGCAGAGCCAUUGGGUGUUUUGUGUCCUGGAAUGCUGCGGUGGUGGAACCUAGCAUCUGGUAGAUGCCAGUGAAAUCCUCAAGUGACGUCUUGCCACUGGCUCCAUCACAUCUUCCUUGGCUUUCCUUCCAUCCACCACUUUAAAAAAAAAAUCCACACAAGCUGUGUUUUCUAUGAUACCUUUCUGUGACUUUCUGAAGCUGGGGGUUCCUCUACCCCCUUUACCUGGUGUGAAAACUUUUCUUUUUGUACCAAUGGUUCUGGACCCAAAACACUACCCACAUUGGAAGGGGAUUUCUAUAAUAAAUGUGUAAACUGAA